AUAAAAAUUUGUAAUCUAUAACUUGUUUUGUACUGUACAGCAAAAUUACUCUGACAUAUUAAAUGUCAUAAUUGACAGUUCAGUUCAUUGCAGAAGUUAAGUUCUGUGACGUCUGCCAGCCGUAAAAAUCCUAUUGAAGUAAAAAUAGUAAUUAUUUUACUGAAAAGCGAGUUUUGUCGCAAACGAAAAAUGGCUUCGCUAAUUUUGAUGAAAAAUGUUCAAUUAGCCAAGCAACAUUCUGGAGCAAUUGGAGUGUUAUGCCUUCGAGCUGCAUCUUACUCAACGGAUGCGCCAAGACAGCUUAAAACAACUAACCUUAGUGCUAUGAAAAGAGGUACUGGUGGUCGUAGCAGCUUCAAUGGUAUUGUCGCAACAGUUUUCGGCUGCACAGGAUUUGUUGGUCGAUAUGUGUGUAAUAAGCUUGGUAAAAGUGGUACUCAAAUGAUUUUACCAUACCGUGGAGAUCAUAGUGAAGCUAUGCGGCUAAAGGUAUGUGGUGAUUUGGGUCAAGUUCUGUUUCACUUCUAUAAUUUGAAAGAUGAAAAAUCUAUUUGUGAAGCGGUUAAAUAUUCAAAUGUUGUAAUUAAUUUGGUCGGACGAGAUUUCGAAACGAAAAAUUUUAAGUUUGAUGACGUUCACGUCGAUGGAGCCAAAAGAAUUGCAAGAAUAUGUCGCGAAGCAGGCGUUGAGCGCUUAAUUCAUCUUUCUUCACUUAAUCUUGAUCCUAAUCCUAAAGGGCAUAUUUUAAAAGAAGGAAGCGGCUUUUUGCGCAGUAAAUACUAUGGUGAAUGUGCUGUACGAGAAGAGUUUCCUGAUGCAACAAUUAUACGACCAGCUGACAUUUAUGGUGCAGAAGAUCGCUUCAUUCGGUACUAUGCGCAUAUUUGGCGUCGUCAGUUCCGUUCAAUGCCACUUUGGCAAAAGGGUGAAAACACCAUUAAACAGCCAGUGUUCGUUUCAGAUGUAGCCCAAGCUAUUGUUAAUUGCGCUAAAGAUCCUGAUACUGCUGGCAAAGUUUACCAAGCUGUAGGACCCAAAAGAUACAGACUAAGUGAACUUGUUGACUGGUUCCAUCGUUUAAUGCGCAAAGAUGCGAAUUGGGGCUACAGACGUUAUGAUAUGCGUUAUGAUCCUACGUUUAUCUUAAAAACAAAACUGACGGAAUUUAUUUGUCCCGGAAAUCCUAUUGGUGAUUUGCAUAUGCAACAUUUAGAAAGAGAAUGUGUUACAGAUAAUGUGUUGCCUAGAAUACCAACCUUAGAAGAUUUAGGUGUGCAAUUAACUGCAUUAGAGGACCAAGCACCAUGGGAAUUACGUCCUUAUCGAGCUGCACUUUAUUAUGAUGCAGAAUUAGGUGAAUUUGAGGAAGCAGCUCCACCAAAAACAGUAGAAGCAAAAGAAGAAAAACGUUUACGUGUUUAAAAAACGAUGCAAAGAAGUUAUGUAAUUUGACUAAAUAUUUAAAAUAUAAUUUGGAACUGUCAUUAUAGCAACAUAAAAACUUUAUAUUCAAUUGGAACGCAAAAUUCAUAUGUAAAAGUUUUAUUUUAGUUAUGAAAUUCAGUAAAUGAAAAAUAAACUUGUAACUUAAACUUUUUAGUUAAAAAUUUCUCAACUUUAAGUAACUGUUUGUAGUAUCAAUGAAAUUCGUUAAAAACACUAGAAAAAAUAAAAUCAAUAGAUUUUAUCAUUUAAAUCUAUUUAAAUAUAUUACAAAAAUUUAAUUAUUAGAUUCUAUGCUUUUCGAAACAAAAAUGAACUAAUUACUUCCAUGUUACGAACGAAUUAAGCUAAAAGUUUACUUUAAUAAAAUUACUAGUAGGGAAAAUGUUCACCAAUCAAUUAAUACGUACCAUAAGCUGAUGUGCAAAAUAGUAAAGAGUUUUGUAAUAGAAAAUAUCGCUAGAGGUAUAACAGAAUAAAAAUAUGAAACUAA